AUGCCUCUCCCGCUCGUCGGAGCCCCGAGGGGACUGCGGACCAUCCUGCUCCCACUCAGCUUCCUCGCCAUCAUCCUCGUCCUCAUAGCCCUGUACCGCAGCACCGAGAGCAGCGGAGACUUCCUCAAGAACCUGACCACCAUCAAUGGCCCCAAGACACAGCACGCCGACCACCACCGCCCCACGAACACCCACGCACCGCCAAAAUACAAGCCCACCACCACCUUUGCCGUUCCAGCCGUCACCGACCCCUUCCCCCUCCUCGCCUCCUCAACCGCCGCGCCUCCGCCCAUCCCAGCGUACAAUGUGCCACGAGACGGCCUCCACCGGGAUUACGGCCUGGCCUACGUACCACCCCUGUUCAUAGGCUUCACACGCCAAUGGCCCAUGCUCUUGCAGUGCGUCGUCGGAUACAUCACGGCUGGGUGGCCACCUGAGUCCAUAUACGUAGUUGAGAACACGGGCGUACAGAACUCGAAUGCGGACGACAAGCUUAGCCUCCAAAAUCCCUUCUACCUAAAUCACACCACCCUCCGCAGGCUGGGCGUCAACGUCUUACCGACUCCGGUCCUCUUGACCUUCUCGCAGAUGCAGAACUUCUUCCUUUCGACCGCCACCGCCCGCAGCUGGCCCUACUACUUCUAUUCGCACCAGGAUGUACUGGUCUUCUCCUUCGAGGAUGGCGCCGAUGUCAUGAAGCGUCCCGGUGACAGGGAAUGGUUCUUCUACGACAGGCAGGAUGAGUUGGACGUGAUGCGGCCGCCUGCUGCCGGCCAGAAGGGCUACCGGACUAUAUACGAAAACUGUCUGCGCGAGCUGAACAGGACUGUGGAAAGCGAGGAACGCUGGGCCUUCCGCUGGUUCCAAUAUGACCAUCUAACUUUGGUAAACCGGGCAGCGCUGGAUGCCGUGGGCGGUUGGGAUAGCUUGAUGCCGUAUUAUGGGAGCGACUGUGACAUGAAUGCCCGACUGGAGAUGGACGGAUGGAGCAUGAGGCAUCGCCGCGUCGGCAUCAUCAACGACGUUUCCACCGUGAUGGAGGACCUGUCGGCGUUGUACCGCGAUCCGAAUAUCGUACCAAAGUUCGUGGAUCCGAACCCUAUCGCCGAAGAGGAGCUCGAGCAACUGGAACGGCCGCAGGGAAGCGAGCAGAAUGAUGAGCCGGAGAAAGAGCAGGCUGACAAGCCAACGGAGAAGCGGUCCGAGAAGGGCAGCAAAGUUGCCGGCGUCGGGGUCACCAAAGCGGUCGAUUACUUCCGCUCGCUUGUCAAGGUGGCUGAUGACAUGGGGACGUACAAGUACCGGAGCGACAAGUACGCGCGCAACUCUUGGCAGAACAGUCAGCAUGGCGGGACGGGGGAGCCUUACUACUACAACGCGGAGGGGUUCGCCUCGUCGUUCUGGAUCCUAGCCGAGGCUGGUCACGAGGUGUUCCGCCAGAAAUGGGGUCACCGCGAUUGCAACCUGGUAGAGGAGACGGCUUUACAGCUUGACGACCAGUGGCGCGUGGAGAAGGACUGGGAAGAUUAG